UACAAUGCAACACCACUGUCCUGGGCAGCCGAGGAUGGUCACCUCGCCUUGGCCAAGUUGCUCAUAGACACAGGCAAGGUUGACAUCAACUCCAAAGACGUCAACAACCGGACACCGCUGUUUCUGGCAGCUAGCAAUGGCCACGGCGAUAUUGUCAAGCUGCUACUGGAGACUGAGGCCGUGGAUGUGAAUGUGAGGGACAGUGAUGGCCAAACACCGCUCUUUGCGGCGGCUCUAGGCGGGCGUCGUAGUGUCGUGAAGAUGCUACUAGACACAGGCAAGGUCGACAUCAACACAAAGGAUAUUCGUAGCAGAACAGCGUUAUCCUGUGCUAUCGGGAGGGGCUAUGACGAGGUGGUAAAGAUGAUGUUUCACGACAAGCGGAUCAACGAUGAUCGCGGGAUGUCGAAUGGGUAG